AUGAAUUACGCCAUUUUGCAUUCAAAUAUCGCUUGGAUGAAGUUGGAAACAUUGUUUGCACAUGAUUUCGCAUUCCUUGAAAUUUCCCAAAAUCUACAUUACAAUUAUAAACGGACGAUACUUAUCGACCACAUAAUACAGAUCACCGAAGAAGAAUUCGAUAUUUCGAAAGAAAGAAUUGAGGCCAAUAAAAAUAUUUAUAGAAAAAAACAUUAA